UUUCAGAUCGUAUUCGAAGGCGUCCGAGGCAAGAGUUACAAAGGUGACAUGGCCCUGGACGAUGUCAGCGUCCAAGAUGGUCAAUGUCCUCCUCAGGCCCUUUGUACAUUUGACGAUCCCAGCAUGUGUGGUUGGAGAAAUAUCGCUGGAGAUAACUUUGAUUGGACAAGAUCAAGUGGAAGAACUGGUAGCUCAGGAACUGGUCCCAGCAAUGAUCACACGUAUGGCACAAAUCAAGGUGAGGGAUACUGUAAUCCUACAAGUAUGUGUAUGUUAAACCAGUGGACUUUUAUAUAUUUUGGAGCGAGAAGUUCAGUCAUUCGGCCCAUGAGAAAAAUGAAGCCUAGAUGGCGGAAAUUGACGUCAAAUAUCUACGACAUGGUCGGAUUUUGAGGGGAGGUGCGCACCUCCCCUGAGAUCGUUUUGCACUUCCCCUGAGAUCGUUUUGCACCUCCCCUGAGAUCGUUUUGCACCUCCCCUGAGAAUUUUUGCACCUCCCCUGAAAAGUCAUGCACCUCCCCUUUGGGAAGUUUCAAUGAUAGAUCAAAGAGAAAAUUUGACAUUUUUUGGCUGCUUAGGGUCUACACUUCGUAAGAAAGUUAUUCUGUAAAAUUGAAACAGUGAUAGCCAUUCAUCUCUGUGUCAAGUACCCUUUUAAUGCAAUAUUUUGAAAGAAACUUUGUAGUAAUUGUAAUGAAGGGCAAAAGUGGAUGAGUUGUACAGUCAUAAUUCAUUAACACACUGCAUGUGGUGUACGUAUGUACACUACAUGCACACAUCACGUCGUUGACUUUGGCCCGUUCUAAGCCCUAACUUUCCAUGGGGGUCGUGAGCUAGACCGCUGCACCUCCCCUAAAUGUUUUUCUACCUCCCCCACUAUUUCCACCAAAAUCCGACCUUGAUCUACGAGGGUCGUAAACAGUUUUUAUACCAUUCUCCCCAGCUAAUUCCAGUUUCUGCGAACGGACCAUAUCGCUAAACAAAUCUAACCAUCCUGAUGCAUGUCUUCAUAGCUACUGUAGUCCUGUUUUGCACAUCACAUUUCCUUCGUUAAUUUGUAAAUAGUUCUAUAUACUUUACAAAGUCAACCAAUGUCUGUAAAUAUAUUGAUUAAUUUUCAUAAUAUGAACAAAACUAGGGGCCUAAAUAAAAAGCCUGUAAAGGUUUCUGGUAGGUUCCUAGCCCAACAUUAAUAGAAAUCUACUGUCUUUCUAUAAAAUUUGUACAUUGGGAAAUAAAUAAAUAUGUUGUUUUCAAGGUUAUUACAUGUAUAUUGAAGCGUCGUCGCCUCGUACGAAAGGACACAAAGCGUGGUUAGAAAGUCCGCUUUUCAAACCAACAGCUGGGAAAUGUCUACGCUUCUGGUACCAUAUGUUAGGAAACGCUAUUGGUCGACUGAAUGUGUUGGUUAAAGUUGGUAAUAACCGCGGUAACCCUGUAUGGACCAUGACUGGGAAUCUUGGGAAUGCUUGGAGAGUUGGUGAAGUUACUGUGAAGAGUGCGUCGCAGUUUAAGGUACGGUGUUUUUAUACUGUUGUUCUUCUUGUUGAUUUUAUUUCGUGUUUUGUUAUUAUGCCAUUGAUUAUAUUCAUUAUUAACGUCAACAUCAUUAUCACCAUCAUCACCAUAACUAAUACCACUAUCAUGACCAUUAUUCAAAGAGGAUCCAACUUGUGCCGCUCAAGGUAAUUCAUCUAUUCCAUCAAAUACUAUCACAACCAACGUCACCAACACAAUCAGCACGACUACCAUCGUUACCACCUUCAUGAUUACCAUCAUCACUAUCACCAUCAUCAUCAUCAUCACCAUCACCAUCAUCAUCCUCCUCACCAUCAUCAUCAUCAUCCCAUAAAUAAUCACGGUUGAUCACUAUCGUCAUAAUCAGCAGCACCAUCACGAACAUAAUCAGCACCAACAUAAUGACCAUCAUCACCUGUACCAUCAUCGUGACCACCAUCACCCUCAACACUACGACAAUCGCCAACAUAAUAUUACCCUAGCAAACAAUUAUAAUUUUAAUUCCACCCGUUUAGAUAAUGUUUGAAGCCAGUGUCGGCACAAGCUUCACAAGUGACAUAGCGAUCGACGACGUUCUAAUAUCAAACGGCGCGUGCGCAAAACCAGGUGACUGUGACUUUGAAAAAGGUGAAUGCACCUGGAUUAAUGCCAAAACUGAUAACAUCAAUGACAACUUUGAUUGGAUAAGAGCUACUAAAACCGCUUCUGCAGGAACUGGACCCUCGGCCGACCACUCAACCGGAACCAGGAAAGGCCACUUCAUGUACAUUGAAAGCUCGUGGCCCCGACAAUGGGGCGAAAAGGCCCGACUUGAAUCCGAGGUCUUACCGCCGACAACUGGACAGUGCAUGCAAUUUUGGUUUAACAUGAAUGGUUUGCACAUAAAUAAGUUAUCAAUUUUGCUGAAAGUUAUUGAACAAUCGGAAUCUAGAGUGUGGACAUAUGGUGGUAACAGGGGUGUUAAUUGGAUACAAGGUCAAAUACCAAUCAAGAGUGCUAAGCCUUUUGUAGUAAGUUGGAAUCAAUUCUUUUACAGUAGAUGUGUCUCGCAGGGAGAAUGAUGAUCAAGUAUCGUAAUGAUGUGAUGACUGUCCAGUAAUGAUUAUCUCUUAUUGAUCCAGUGUUACUACAGGAGGAAACCUAAACUAAACUAACUUUAUUUAGACUGGAUAGCUCUAUCAGUUCUAAACUGUUCUUCCUAGAGGUCCAGUAAGGAUCAUCUCUUAUUGAUCCAGUGCUACUACAGGAGGAAACCUAAACUAAACUAACUUUAUUUAUACUGGAUAGUUCUAUCAGUUCUAAACUGUUCUUCCUAGAGGUCCAGUAAGGAUCAUCACAUAUUGAUCCAGUGUUACUACAGAAGGAAACCUAAACUAAACUAACUUUAUUUAUACUGGAUAGCUCUAUUAGUUCUAAACUGUUCUUCCUAGAGGUCCAGUAAGGAUCAUCUCUUAUUGAUCCAGUGUUACUACAGGAGGAAACCUAAACUAAACUAACUUUAUUUAUACUGGAUAGCUCGAUCAGUUUUGUUUUUCGACACUCUUUCCAAUCUUGAAACUGAACUGUUUCUCGUUAUUUUCAGAUUGUGUUUGAAGGUACAAGUGGAUACAGUUACCAAGGUGAUAUUGCCAUUGAUGACAUCACAUUCUCAACAUCCUCCGUACAAUGUGCGAUUAUCCCCGCAGACGCCAAACCUUUCGGAUGCAACUUUGAGUUUAGUAAUUGUAACUGGAGGCCUGGAUUUACGUUCAGUUCUUACAAAUGGAAAAGACAAAGUGGACUUCAAGCUGUACAAUCUAAAUUUGGAACUAAAAUUGAUCACACCAUUGGCAAAGGUAAUAUUGUAUAUGCAGUGCAAAAGAGAGAUUAGCCUUUGUGGUGUCACUGAAAUAAUGCUGCCUACACUACUAAGGCAUUUAUAUUUGAAAAAUACAAACAAGAAAUGCAUGAUUUGAAAUGCAUAUUAGUAGCGUGGUACACAUUUUGUCAAAGAAAACAAAAAAAUACCAAUGUAUUCCUUCUUUUCCACUAAAAACCAUUCGCAGAUAUCUUAUCAAUAACAAAUUAAAUUACAAUGUUCAAAUUUUCAAUUAGUUUUGCUGUUUUGUUUUAAAAUGCAUAAAUAAUGCCGCUGAAAGUGCUUCUCGGUAUUCUCACCCAAUCACAGUCCGCCAUUUUACCGGAAGUGAUGCUUGCCAUAUGUACGCGGAUUAUUAGAAGACGACGUAUGUACGUUCUUGAGAUAUUUCAUUUUGUUCUUUGUAACCAUGUGACGUCAUCUACUCAAUUACAUAUAUAAUGAGAUAUCAGUAAUUGUUGUGUAUGUUUGCUAUUUUUGAUCGAUUUGUUAAAAAAUACAGUAUGCUUAAUGAUGCAGGUUAAAUUAAUUGAUAAAAAUAGCAUAGAUACACAACAAUUACUGAUAUCUCAUUAUAUAUGUAAUUGAGUAGAUGACGUCACAUGGUUACAAACAAAAUGAAAUAUCUCAAGAACUAAGCAUGAGAACAAAAAUCGUCAAAACAAGUUAUUAUACAGUUUUAAGAGCAUUUUCGUUUCAGAAAAUAAAAAUUUUGAUCAUAAAUAAUUCAUGAUGCAAAUUGAAAAGAAGUCAGUGUAAAAUGUAGAAAUCAAAGUUUUGUAUAGCAAGCAGUAUAUAUGAAGUACCUUUCUUUUUCUUUAGCGUCUGGUUCGUACAUCUUCGUCAACACUCGUGGCUAUCCAAGCAGUCGCGCAACAUUGACGAGUCCUGCCAUAACAUUCAAUGGUACCAAAGUUUUGAAAUGUCUGGAGUUUGCUUAUCAUAUGCAUGGUGCGUCUGUCAACUAUCUGGAUGUUUACGCGAGGUCGACAAGCACAAGGAACCGAAGGAGUGUUUGGAAUCGCAGAGGGACUCAAGGAGAUCGCUGGAUUUUGGCAGAUGUUCAACUCGAAAUCACGGAACCGAUUAACGUGAGUAUAUUUUGAUGUAAAUUUGUGUUGGUACAGAUAAAAGAUUUCUCUUGAAAACAGGAUGAAAUAACAACACAAGAACCCCUGGGCAAAGUGCUCCCCUCCCCUCCCCAGGUUACAGCAGUAGACCGUAAGUGGUGUCCGUAACUCUGACGUAUUUCUUGGAUUGACGUAUUUCUUGGUAGAUUAUAUUUGAAGCAAGGAAUGGCUCUCAGUAUGAUGGAGAUAUUGCAAUCGAUGACAUUGACUUGAAAGAAGGCAGUUGCCCAUCUGCUGGUAAGUCACCGUGCCAUAUAUAUAUAUAUAGCUGGACUAAUAACUUCAAUGAACAGGUACCGUUAUCAUCAUCACCCUCACCACCAUGACCAUCAUGGCAUCAUCACCAUGACCAUCAUCACCAUUAUCACCAUCAUCAUCUUCACCAUCAUCAUCACCAUCAUCAUCACCAUCAUCAUCGUCGCCACCAUCAUCGUCGCCACCAUUAUCAUUAUCAUCACCACCAUUAUCAUCAUCAUCACCACCACCAUUAUCAUCAUCAUCACCACCACCAUCAUCACCAUCAUCACCACCAUCACCACCAUCACCAUCACUACCACCACCAUUAUGACCAUGAGAAAUCGCUUGUCAAGCUGUUACAAAUAAAUGGAUAAGAUUUUUCAGCAAACAUUUUAAGGAAAAGUCUUUGUCAGAGAUUAAGCAGACUGGAGUGAUGGAGUCAUAUUGAUCGUCAUUUUCUUAAUGCGUUUUCCUGUAGCUUCCUGUGGUUUCGAAGCGCCAGGAAUAUGUCGGUAUACAGUGACACCCUCGACAAAAAGUGGAAUGAAAUGGACACGAUCAAGGGACGGAACACCGAGUCUUUUUACUGGACCAAAAUACGAUCACACAUACGGAACAGCAUUGGGU